AUGAAUAGUUUCAAGCAUCUCAACAGUAAUGGAGAAGGUUCAUCCACUAAUUUAGAAAAAAAAAAGACAGCCGAAGUUGAGGAUGACAAAGAAGAGAGCAAUGAUACUGAUAUAGAUGUGGAAGAUAUAGAAUCAGUUUUUGAUACUAUAGAAACUACAUUAGAAGCAAACAAAUUGUCAACAUAUAACAAAAUUCGUCAAACAAUGCAACAAAUAAUGGGUAGAAUGGAAUCUCUUGAGAAUAGAGUCACCAUGUCACAGGUUGAAAACCAAUUUUCGGGUUCAAAUCGGGUACCUAUCAGUACCCGAUGA